ACGUCCUGGCGUGGGGCCAGAGCUGGGCUGCAGCAGCCUCCCGUCACAGGGCGAGCUGCUUUUCUCCGGGGGCCUGGCAGGCAGCCCUCCCCAGCCUUUCCCUCCCUGAGGGGUAGGGAAGCAGAUGCUGGCGGACCACGCGGACCACGUGCUCUCUGCUGCCCCCAAAAGCUGGAACCCGGGAUCCUGAACCCUUGCGGACUUAAGUUCCUUCUUGGCCUGAGAGGGCGUGGGCAUGGAGCCAGGGGUGCAGCGUGUGACCUGGGGUGGGCCGUCCCUGAGACUCACCCCAGUCUUGAGGACCAGGGCCCACGGGUGUGAUGAACGGCUGGGGGUCAGCAGGGAUGAGGGGCAGUGCUCUGAACGCCACCCCCACACUCAGACCACGCUUCUGGCUGCCGCGUUAUAGGAGGGUCCUGGGCCUUGAGCCCCAUCCGGUCUGGCCCCGCGGCCCCCUCGCAGGGCAGACCGUGGCAUCCUCCAAAUCUGGGACAUUGCUCGGCUCUCAUUCUGACCAGACCAGGCUCUUCUUACACUGCCUCCUGGGUCAGAAGGUCAGGCACAGGGUCACGGGAUGUUUUCCAUGCAGCCUCAGCAGAUGCUCCCGGGCCCCAAGGAAGGGUUUGGAAGGGCGGGUCCUGGCAGCCCCUGCGUUUCAUCUCCCUUCCCCCUCCGUCCCGGUCCUGAACCCGGGCUGGGAGGGUCUGCGGGGCGGCUUUGAUCCCCUCAGCCCAGGGCCCGGAGGGAGGAGGGGCUCCGGUUACAGUGUCCCCUCCCCUCCCCUCUCCGGCCAGAGCCAGCCCUUCUCCGCCCUCCGUAACCCUCGUGGCCAGUGUCUCCCUGCUCCUGGGCCUCGGCCCCUCCCGAACCCAACCCCCUCUCCCUGCCCCCUGCCCUACGCUGACCAUAGAGGGGCCAGACUGGGAAGAGGCCGCGCCAGGGCGCAGAGACCCGGAACCCACCCAGCCCUUUGCACACGGGUGUUGAGACGAGCAUCUGCUCUGGGUCCAGACCUUGGGGGCCAAAGGGAAGCCUGGAGGACCAGCCCUCGCAGGGGCCCUGACUACAGGCCUGGAAGGGUGGAUGCCUGCAGGGAGCGGGGCUCGUUGGGGCCUGAGGGGCUGGCGGCCGCACACCCCCGCCCCCUGGCCCAGUGGUCCCCAUGUCGGCCCAGAGGCUGCUGCUGCCGCUCCUCCUCCUGGUUGGGCUGACCUUGGGGGCCAGCCUGCCGCAGGGGCCUGGGAGCCACCCGGGGGUGUGCCCCAACCAGCUCAGCCCCAACCUGUGGGUGGACGCCCAGAGCACCUGUGAGCGUGAGUGCGUCGGGGACCAGGACUGCGUGGCCGCUGAGAAGUGCUGCACCAAUGUGUGUGGGCUGCAGAGCUGCGUGGCUGCCCGCUUCCCCGAUGGUGGCCCGGCUAUGCCCACACUGGUGGCGUCGUGCGAGGGCUUCACGUGCCCGCAGCAGGGUUCUGACUGUGACAUCUGGGACGGGCAGCCUGUGUGCCGCUGCCGUGACCGCUGUGAGAAGGAGCCCAGCUUCACCUGCGCCUCAGACGGCCUCACCUACUACAAUCGCUGCUACAUGGACGCCGAGGCCUGCUUGCGUGGCCUCCGCCUGCACGUCGUGCCCUGCAAACAUAUCCUCAGCUGGCCCCCCAGCAGCCCAGGGCCUCCCGAGACCACUGCCCGCCCGACGCCUGGGGACACCCCGGUGCCACCAGCCCUCUACAGCAGCCCUUCCCCCCAGGUGGUUUAUGUGGGGGGCACUGCCAGCCUCCACUGCGAUGUCAGCGGCCGCCCGCCACCCGCUGUGACCUGGGAGAAGCAGAGUGACCAGCGGGAAAACCUGAUCAUGAGGCCAGACCAGAUGUACGGCAAUGUGGUGGUCACCAGCAUAGGACAGCUGGUACUCUACAACGCCCGGCCUGAGGACGCCGGCCUCUACACCUGCACCGCACGCAACGCUGCCGGCCUGCUGCGGGCCGACUUUCCGCUCUCCGUGGUCCAGCGGGAGCCGGCCAGGGACAAGGCCCCCACCGCCUCCGCCCUGGCUGAGUGCCUGCCUAACACGCAGGUCUGUGCCAGCCCCGCCUCCAGCCAUGUGCUCUGGUACUUUGAUCCACAGCGGGGCAGUUGCAUGACCUUCCCAGUUGGCAGCUGUGAUGGGAGCACCUGGGGCUUUGAAACCUACGAGGCGUGCCAGCAGGCCUGUGUCCGCGGCCCUGGGGACACCUGCGUGCUGCCGGCCGUGCAGGGCCCCUGCCAAGGCUGGGAGCCACGCUGGGCCUACAGUCCGCUACUACAGCAGUGCCACCCCUUUGUGUAUGGCGGCUGUGAAGGCAACAGCAACAACUUCGAGAGCCGAGAGAGCUGUGAGGACGCCUGCCCUGUACCGCGCACACCGCCCUGCCGGGCCUGCCGCCUCAGGAGCAAGCUGGCGCUGAGCCUGUGCCGCAGUGACUUCGCCAUUGUAGGGCGGCUCACCGAGGUGCUGGAGGAGCCCGAGGCAGGCGGCAGCAGCAUCGCCCGCGUGGCCCUAGACGACGUGCUGAAGGACGACAAGAUGGGCCUCAGGUUCUUGGGCACCAAGUACCUGGAGGUGACGCUGAGCGGCAUGGACUGGGCCUGCCCCUGCCCCAAUGUGACCGCCGGGGACGGCCCACUGGUCAUCAUGGGUGAGGUGCGAGACGGGGUGGCCGUCCUGGACGCUGGAAGCUACGUCCGUACUGCCAGCGAGAAGCGCAUCAAGAAGAUCUCAGAGCUCCUGGAGAAGAAGGCUUGCGAGCUGCUCAACCGCUUCCAGGACUAGCCCUGCCCACCCCGCGCUCUGCCUGCCCCUGCCCUCCAGAGCCCCC